CGAGUGAGGCUGGAGAGGGAGUAGAAGAAGGAGGCAGGUAAAGGUGUGUGCGCAUGUGUGUGUGUGUGUGUGUGUUUGCAUGUUUAUGAAUGUGGGGGAGACAGGCAGGGGCGACGGCGUGAAGAAGAGACGGAGAGGGGUGAAAGGAGGACAAAGGACCCGAGCGAGAGGAGGAAGAGUUGGAGAGAGGGAAGGAAUAAGAAAAGAGGGAAGGAUGUCGGAGAGGAUAGCUUCGUGUGGGAGCCUGUGUGACAGCACCAACCUGCUGCUACAGUACUGCAACAACGAUGACACGGUGUCGGCCAGCAGUAACAUGGACAUGGAGGACCGGGUUUCCCACCUGGAGCAGAGGCUGCAGCUGCAGGAGGACGAGAUCCAGCUGCUGAAGUCUGCUCUGGCUGACGCCCUGCGCCGGCUCGGCUACUGCGAGGAGCAGAGCCAGGGGACGCAGCCAGGGGGCGCCCAUGCUGGAAGGAGGUCUCUGGCCUCCACAGCCUCAGCGCCACCUACCAAAGUGCGUCAGCUCCUGCAGGCUCUCCCCUCCAGACCUCUGAGCAAUGGCUACGUUCAACAGAAACGCCUCCUCUCCUCCCCUUCAUCUCCAAAGAAAGAGGUGCUGCAGUCCAUUAAGAGGAAGAGUAUGUCCACAGAGCGCCUCACUCUGGUCAGGAGGGAGAUGGCAGCGGAGAGUCGGAGUCGAACCACCUCCUCCAGCAGCUCCACAGGUGGCAAAAGCAAAUCCAAAGAAUGCACCUUCAAUGCAGAGGACGCCUACGUGAGGAUGUUCCUCCGGGGCCGUCCCGUCACCAUGCACAUCCCCGACCAGCAGAAGGAGAGCUACAGCCUUGACCAGAAGGUGGCGCUACCGGACCACAAGCUCAAACUGCAGUGGGUGUACGGCUACCGCGGCCGAGACUGUCGCUCCAACCUGUACCUGCUGCCUACGGGUGAGAUCGUCUACUUCAACGCGUCGGUGGUGGUUCUGUACAACACAGAGGAGCAGCAGCAGAGACACUACCUGGGCCACAACGAUGACGUCAAAUGUCUGACUGUGCAUCCUGACAUGGUUACCAUAGCAACUGGGCAAGUGGCUGGGAACUCUAAAGAUGGAAAGCUGCUCGCUCCUCACGUUCGAGUCUGGGACUCCGUGAGCCUCAACACGCUCCAUGUGAUUGGGAUGGGAGUGUUCGACCGGGCCGUCACCUGCGUGUCUUUCUCCAAGUCGAAUGGCGGCACCUUCCUUUGCGCUGUGGACGACGCCAACGAUCACAUCUUGUCAGUCUGGAACUGGCAGAAGGAGAAACAACUAGCUGAUGUCAAGUGCUCUAAUGACUCUGUGUUCGCCGCCGUGUUCCACCCCAUGGACACCAACCUGAUCGUCACCUGUGGGAAAUCUCACCUCAACUUCUGGACCAUGGAGGGAAACACGCUCACCAAGAGGCAGGGCCUGUUCGAGAAACACGAGAAACCAAAGUACGUGUUGUGUGUGGCAUUUGCUGAGAAUGGAGACGCCAUCACCGGAGACUCCAGUGGAAACCUUUACAUCUGGGCUAAAGGUGGUAACCGCAUCAGUCAGGUGGUGUCGGGGGCCCACGAAGGCGGCAUCUUCUCUGUUUGCGUCCUGAAAGACGGCACCAUGGUGUCAGGAGGAGGGAAAGACCGCAAGGUGGUGCUGUGGGACCACGACUACAGGAAGAAGGCUGAGAUGGAGGUUGGUGAUUCGUUCGGUCCCGUUCGAGCUCUGGCUGAAGGUAAACCAGGAGAACUGUUUGUGGGAACCACCAAGAACGCCAUCAUCAGAGCCGCCUUCCCUGAUACAUUAACUCCUAUCGUACAGGGUCACACAGAUGAGCUGUGGGGUCUGGACGUCCAUCCCUCCAUGGAGCAGUUUGUGACCUGCUCCCAGGACAAACAGGUUCACCUGUGGGACACCCACUCCCAUCAGCCCCUCUGGAGCAAGACCAUCGAGGAUCCAGGCAGGUCUGCAGGGUUCCAUCCCAGCGGGGCUGUUGUGGCUGUGGGCACCAUGACUGGAAGGUGGUUGGUGCUGGACACCGACACUCGGGAUCUUGUUUCUAUGCACACAGACGGCAACGAGAUCAUCUCCAACGUCAAGUACUCUCCAGAUGGCAACUUCCUGGCUGUCGCUUCCCACGACAACUUUGUUUACAUCUACGCUGUGACGGAGAGCGGACGAAAGUACAGCCGCGUGGGCAAAUGCACUGGCCACUCCAGCUUCGUUACCCACCUGGACUGGUCCAAAGACAGCCAGUACCUUAUGACCAACUCAGGAGACUACGAGAUCUUGUUCUGGGAGGCGUCUAAUGGAAAACAUGUGACCAACAUGGACACAGUGCGCAACCUGGAGUGGGCCUCUUCCACCUGCACUCUGAGCUUCAACACCUUCGGAAUUUGGCCAGAUGGAGCAGACGGCACAGACAUCAACGCCGUGUGCAGGUCACAUGACGGGUCCCUGCUGGCCUCUGCUGAUGACUUUGGCAAAGUGCACUUGUUCUCCUUCCCCUGUUCUCAACCAAGGGCUCCGAGUCACGAGUACGGUGGCCACAGCAGUCACGUGACCAACGUUGCCUUCCUGCACGAUGACAGCAACCUCAUCUCCACUGGCGGGAAAGACACCAGCAUCCUGCAGUGGGUGGUUGCCUAGGCAACCUCAUCCAGCCACACAUGUCUGACCCGGGGACCAGCAACAUCUUCGACCUGUCACCUUCCUCCCACCUCAAGGGGGCAGCACCUCCUCUCCGUCUAUUGGAAAUUAAAAAAAAAAAAAAAAAAUACACAUAACUGGUCUAACACAUAGAGAUGAUGAGCGUCACUGUAAUAAAUGAAAGUUUCCUGCUGUUUGUUACAGAAUGUAAAGAAAAGUAGAAAGUGAAACUUAACUGUUCCCAGAUAUAUAUAUAUUAAAAAAAAAAAAAAAAAAACUGCUGAAAUUCUGUCCCCAGCUGGAUGUGCUGCUGGUGGCGCCCACACAAUAAACCUGUGAUUUUAGCAUUAGUACUAACUGUGCCUAAACUGUACUUACUUUAACCCCUUUAAUGGGAAUUCCAUCCAUUUUAAAUGACACGUUUGCGCCCUUAAAACCACAAUCCCCCCCCGGUAGGAAUGAAACCUGACUGAAACUAAAAGCAGAGUGCAUGGAAAUCAAUUCAUUUAUGAAACAAUGAACAGCAGCUCAGUCUGCAAAACGAGGAGCUGUGAUGUUAAGCAUGCACGAUUGUGAAUAGCAGCGUCGAAACCUUUAAACAUGCACCCGGUCGUUCCAAGAGCUACAAAUGAAAAGAUAUACGAGCUUGUGUAGAAUGUAACCUAGAAAGACUUCCUAAAAUUGGUGGUAUUCCCCCUUUCUUUUUUUUUUUUAAACUACUAAACUCUGACCCCUUGGCCUCGUCAUCUCCCGCCCCUCCAUCCCUCGGUCUUACGAGCUCACACGGUGCAGGUUGUUUUAAUGUGUUGCAGGUUUUCCGUUGGAGACUGUGAACGGUACUAAAGUGGCUGUUUUGUUCCCGCGCCUUUUUCAUUUCACCCUCUGCCCCCCUUCACCCUGUCCCAGGCUGUUUCUGAUUGUACUACUACUGCUGUAACUGUGCUGAGCGGACGCUAGAUGGCGCUGCAGUACAAGAGAAUGAGCAUGACUGAGGCUGCCCUCAUUCCAUAGAUGCUGUUAAUGUUGCAAAAGGUCUCUAGAGUAAAUAUAUAUAUAUAUAAAUCUAUAUAUAUGAUGCAGUAUAUCCGAGUGGCUGUGUUAUUUUAAUAUUUAACUGUAACACUGAUGGAUGUUAUUAUUAUUAUUAAUAUAAUUUUUCUUGUGGCACUUUUAGUGGUGGACAGAGGGGGAACGUAGGCUGCUGUGAGCUUGAGCUGUGCUUUGCCUUCUUCUGUUUUGUUAAUAAAGUUUUUACCCAAGUGCUA